GGAACGGCGUUUAGCGGAGCGACGUGUACACGUCACCGGACGCAUGCCGCCGUCACCGCCCAAGGGAAGUACACCGCCCGACACUGUGGACUGCCCUCCCGCAUCGCCGACAGCAGGCCGUAGAGCAAGUCGGUGCGCGUGCGCGUGUUUGCCGUCCUUGAAGCGCGCAGCCCGAUCGAACAGCUGACGUGACUCAGCCGCCCGCCCGUCCGCUGGACAAGUUGUAUUUAUUAUUACGGCGCAGUUGUUAGUUUUUUUUUUUUAUAUCGUUAUUCGUUUUCUUUUUCCCGUAGUCCGUACUCCGUACCACUUUGACUCGUCGCGCACCAACCGAACGUAAUAUUAGUAUAUUAAUUUUUUUUUCUUACUGCCGAACGCCGUCAAAUUUGUUUUUCUCGUUUUUGGGUUUUCUCUCGCUGUUGUGCGCGAGUAACACAUUUGUACAAUACUAGUGGUGCUCGUAAAGUAGCCAUACCGAGUAGACGACAUUAUUCUGGCACAUAACCUUUGGGUCUGCUCAAACGCAAUUCCUUUGCAUCCGCGCCAUUUUCCGGAAAACAGUCGGGCCAUGUCCGACGGCGAAGGUUCGACGCAGACGGCCGCGGUGGAGACUGGUGGUCAACCGGACAACAUAACGGCGGCCAUGGAUGAACAGCAGCAGAACGUGUCCAUCACUAAAGACGACGGAGAACCUAACCCGAAAAAGGCCAAGCUUUCAGGUAGCGGUGGUGAUGUAUUUGGCCGGGGUGGCGGUGGCGGUGACAAGCAGCACGCCGCUUCGGAAAAGCUGGAGCAUAGGCUGGGAGGCAUACUGUGCUGCGCCGUGUGCUUGGACUUGCCCAGGUCGUCUAUCUAUCAGUGUACAAAUGGGCAUUUAAUGUGUGCUGGAUGCUUUGCUCAUUUAUUGGCUGAUGCACGUUUACGAGAUGAAAUGGCCACAUGUCCUAAUUGUCGUGUGGACAUUGCGAAAAAUACAGCUACACGUAACUUGGCUGUUGAGAAAGCAGUUAGUGAACUUCCAUCAGAGUGUCAGUUUUGCGCCAAAGAAUUUCCACGUAACACAUUACAACAUCAUGAACAACAGCUUUGUGCGGAACGACCAGUAAAAUGCGGAUACAGUAAAAUAGGCUGUCCUUGGCGUGGACCCAGUCAUGAAGCGUCUGAACACGAAAAAGUGUGCCCUCACCCAUCAACUACGGGAAAAGAUGUUAUGUCUGCACUUGAUGCUAUGGACCAAAAGUUUCAGGAAGAGAAGCUUUUAUAUGACACUAUUUUUGACUUGAUGAGUUUUGAAAAGAUAACAUUUAAUGAUUUGCAAUUAAAACCAUACAGAACAGAAGAGUUUGUACACAAAUUGUACUAUGAGACUGCCCGAUUUUCGGCGUUCAAUUUUCAGUGGGUUGUCAAAACCCGCAUCAAUAACAUGCAAAGGGACCCAGCGUUGAGUGUUGAUCGUCAUAUGUCAUACCAGCUGAUUCUGAAAACCAAAAUCCCCACACCCAUGUCUGUCCAUUAUCUAGUAGUUAAAGGACCAUUUGGUGAUAUGAAGGUGAAUCCGAAAAUUUAUAAGUUUGAAUUCAACGAGAAUGAAACAGAAACACAAUUUGUAACAUUGCCAUUACCAGACUCAGCCGAAUGUAAUCGGCUGUUAGCUGCCAAAACUAUCAACUUGAGAUUGAUCAUGUUUUUGGUGUCAAAGUAAUCACAAAAUCAAUUCUUAUAUAUAUUUAAAUAUAUAUAAAUAUAAAUAAAAUAAAAUUUAAUCAUCAAAAAGCUGUUUCCACUUAUAUUAUUAAAAUGUUUAUUUUUUUUCUUUAUUAUUUACCUAAGCGUAUAUAGAUAUAAUUGUUUUUUUUUCUAAUUAACAAAGCGUAUUAAGCUAAUUUUUAAAAGUUUUAUAGUUUAUUUUUAUCUUAUUAUUUUAUUUUAUGUUAUUGUUGACGUCAUUUCCCAUGGUUUCACCUUGCCCUACAGCACACGUUUAUCUUUCCUCAUUGUAUUGUAUUUUAAUAUUUUAUUGGACAUAAAUAAAGUAACACUUCAGUUAUUAUAUAAA